ACAAUUACCCGAAGGUGUCCAAUGGGACUUUGAUGUCGAGAAUUGGCUAAAUCCGUACCAAGUGUCACACUAUGCGAUGGACAUCUUUGAGUAUCUGAAAGAACGAGAACGCCUAUUCCCCAUCGGCAAUUACAUGGAUCGGCAAGUAUGCCUCUCGCCAUGGCGAGGGGCGAGGGAAUGGAUGAGAGCGCUACUGGUCGAUUGGAUGGUCGAGGUGCAGGAGUCGUUUGAGUUGAAUCACGAGACCUUAUAUCUGGCUGUAAAACUGGUCGAUCUAUACCUAACAAAGAUGACAGUCGGGAAAGAGACUCUACAACUGCUGGGCGCUGCGAGUCUUUUCAUAGCGAGCAAGUUUGACGAAAGAAUACCACUAAUGGUGGAAGAUUUGUAUAUAUGUGACGGCGCUUACACAAAAAGGGAGCUGAUCAAAAUGGAAAUAAAUAUUUUAAAAAUAGUCAAUUUUGACCUAGGAAUACCUCUCUCUUACAGAUUUCUUUGGCAUUAUGCCAGGUGUGCCAAGGUGUCUAUGCCCACGUCAACUCUGGCUCGGUACAUACUGGAACAUUCUCUGAUGGAUUAUACAAUGAUCAGGUUUAGCGAUAGUAAAAUGGCAGCGGCGGCGUUGUUACUCGCGUUGCUAAUGAAGGACUUGGGAGGAUGGAAUCCAACAUUAGAAUACUAUAGCGGUUAUAAACUUAACGACAUAAGAGAUAUUUGCAAUCUUUUAAACCAGAGCUUGCAUAGGAAACACGAAGAAGCAUUAAAGACUGUCCACAGCAAGUACAGCCACAAGUAA